AUGGUGGCAGAAGUACUGAUAAUCCUGAUGAUAAAGAUGGCAGAAGCUUACAUGCCUGGCUCUGAAACCAACGUGAAACAUGGAUAUGGAGCUGGUUCCCCAGAACUGAUGCAAAGCUCAUGCAAGUCGGUGGGAAUUGGAGUCAGAGUGAUUUCUUCCAACUUUUCCAGCAACACCUCGUGCCUGGAAGUAAGGAUGACGCAGAUCAGAGAGAUUCAGCAGCGUGAUUUCACCAACCUUCAGCACCUCAGAAAGCUUUACAUCAUACAGAACAACAUCCUGCAGAGCAUUGAUUCUUAUGCCUUUGCCGGUCUGUCUGGGCUCUCUGAUGUGUACAUAUCCGAAAAUCUUGCUUUAGAAACAAUAGGAGCUUUUGUUUUCUCUAAUCUCCCAGAGCUCACUGAAAUAGCGAUAACUAAGUCUAAACACCUGAGAUCCAUCCAUCCAGAUGCUUUUAGAAACAUGGUGAACCUUCAACAUCUGACCAUCUCCAAUACGGGCCUGAGAAUUUUUCCGGACCUUUCCAAGAUCCAGUCUGCAGCCCCACGUUUUAUUUUUGAUUUCGGUACCAGUGAUUUUCUUCAUUGGUUGGGGUUUUGCAAAAAAAAAAUACAAGAUGUGUUUCUACCCCAUGUUUCCUCCUCAUCGUUUGUGUCGUUAAACUAUGUAAACUUACUAGUACGGCUCACCAGAAAUGGCAUCAAGAAGGUGGCAAGUGACGCUUUCAAUGGAACAAAGAUGUACAGAUUGCUUCUCAGAGGAAACAAGCAGCUUGCUCACAUCAGCCCCAACGCCUUUGUGGGUUCCCAUGGGUUGGUGGUGCUAGACAUCUCUCAGACAGCUGUCAGCUCUCUGCCAGACUCCAUCCUCAGUGGUCUGAAGAAGCUGCUUGCAGAAUCUGCUUAUCACCUGAAAGAGCUUCCUAUUGUGCAGCGAUAUACAAAACUCCAAAUAGCCAAACUGACAUACCCUUCACACUGCUGCGCCUUCAAGAACGUACACAGUAACAGAUCUCAGUGGAUCUCUCUGUGUAAUCACCCUGAUGCAAAAACUAUGCCAGCCUUCUACAGAGAGUACUGUUCCAACUCCACCUCCGUCUCCUGCAGCCCGACACCUGACAAGUUUAAUCCGUGCGAGGACAUUAUGUCCCCCAUCCCCCUACGGAUCCUCAUCUGGAUCAUCUCUGUUCUUGCUCUGCUUGGCAACGCAGUGGUUCUUUUGGUUUUGUUAGGGAGCCGCUCCAAGCUGACUGUUCCUCGUUUUCUCAUGUGCCACUUGGCAUUCGCUGACCUCUGCAUGGGUAUCUACCUGAUAGUGAUUGCCACUGUUGACAUGCUAACUCAUGGACGCUACUACAACCAUGCCAUUGAUUGGCAGACGGGUUUUGGCUGCAAAGUGGCAGGAUUUUUCACGGUGUUUGCCAGCGAGCUGUCAGUGUUCACGCUAACGGCCAUCACUGUGGAGCGCUGGCACACCAUCACAAACGCCAUGCGACUCGACCGCAAACUUCGUCUCAGGCACGCCUGCAUCAUUAUGACAGCUGGAUGGAGCUUCUCUCUGCUGGCUGCAUUGCUGCCCACAUUUGGUGUAAGCAGCUACAGCAAAGUGUGUAUCUGCUUGCCAAUGGAUGUGGAGUCUGUUGCAUCCCAGGUCUACGUUGUUUCUCUACUCAUUCUCAACAUCCUGGCCUUUUUCUGUGUUUGUGGCUGUUACCUGAGCAUCUACUUGACCUACCGCAAGCCUUCAUCAGCACCUGCUCAUGCAGACACCCGAGUGGCUCAACGCAUGGCCGUCCUCAUCUUUACUGAUUUUGUCUGCAUGGCGCCCAUCUCCUUCUUUGCCAUCUCUGCCGCCCUCAAGCUUCCUCUCAUCACCAUCUCAGAUGCCAAAAUCCUCCUGGUCCUUUUCUACCCCAUCAACUCCUGCGCAAACCCCUUCCUCUAUGCGUUCUUCACCCAUACCUUCAGACGGGACUUUUUCCUCCUUGCAGCUCGCUUUGGCCUGUUUAAAACUCAAGCCCAGAUUUACAGGACAGAGACGUCUUCCUGUCAGCAGCCGACAUGGACCUCUCCAAAGAACAGCCGUGUCAUGUAUUCCCUGGCGAAUACACUAAGUGUAGAUGGGAGACAGGAUUUCUGAUAG